AUGUCACAAUUCUUCCAACAACCUCCACCAAAUGCGCCCUACGGGGCAGCUUCAGCGCAGAACCUCCAAUUCUACCCCUCCUCAUACGCACCCAACCCCGUGUCCGGGCAUGCCACACCCUCGCAGGCUGCCUAUGGAUAUGGCGCAUCUUCAUCUUCUCCAGGAUAUGGCGCGGGUGGAGGAGGAUUUAACUCGGGGUUUGGAGCACCUUCAGGAGUAAGCGGUAGGAUGGGCGAGCAAGGCGGUCUCCGGACCGGAUGGCUUGCUGCGUUUGGGACUGAGGGAUAUGACGGCGAGCCGCCAUUGCUAGAAGAACUGGGUGUCAAGCCUGCGCACAUCUGGGCUAAGACAUUAGCAGUCCUCAACCCCCUAGCAUCCAUAGACCAACACAUAAUGGACGAUUCAGAUCUUGGGGGCCCAUUGCUCUUCUUCCUUUUGUUCGGCACCUUUUUAUUGCUCUCAGGAAAAGUUCAUUUCGGAUACAUAUACGGCCUCGCCCUCCUAGGCAGCACCUCCCUCCACCUAAUCCUCUCGCUGAUGUCCCCACCUCUCGAGCCCUCCUCCUCCGCAUCCCCCCACCACGAGCCCUCACAUCUGUCAAGCACGCUGACAUUCCCGCGGUCGGCUUCCGUUCUGGGGUAUUGUCUACUUCCGCUGGUGCUGUCGAGUUUGGUUGGUGUGGCGGUACCCAUGGAUGGGUUGUUGGGCUAUGUGCUUACGAGCUUGGCCAUUGUUUGGUGUACGUAUAGCAGUUCAGGGAUGUUCUGUGCGGUGGGGAGGAUGAGGGGCAUGAGGGGCUUGGUAGCUUAUCCGUUGGCGUUGUUUUACGCGGGCUUUGGCAUUAUGGGGAUUUUCUCGAGUAGGGGAAGUAAGGGUCUGGCGCCUGGUGGGAAGGUUGGAGUUGUGAUGUAG